GCCAGCCAGCCAGAGAGGGGUGCCACCCACCGCCCAGCUGCCUUCCCCGCCUCUCUCUCUCUCUCUCUCUCUCCUUCCCCCCAUUUUCCCGCCUUCUUCUCCUUCUUCUCCCUCUUUUCCUCCUCUUCCUUGUCUCUCGGGAGAGUCUUUGUUGGUGUUGAAAGUCGGGGAGCGGCCAUGAGGCUCUGGGGGGGACUCCCCUCUGGAGCCUGAAGGGAGGCGAGGAGGGGCGAGGAGAGGGAGGCAAGGGCAGGGCUUGGAGGGGGCUCUGGCACCCGGGGAGCCCUCGCCUUGCCCCCGGCCCUGCCCUCCCAUGCUUCUGCGAGAAUCUCCGGGGCGCCUUCCCGCCGCCGCUGCUGCUGCCCUGGGCUGGGCUGUCCCUCCCGCCCGGCCCCGGCUGCCGCCCUAGGAGGAUGUUGCGGCAGGUGCUGCACAGGGGGCUGAGCACGUCCUUCGCCCGCCUCGGCCACUUCGUCGCCAGCCACCCGGUCUUCUUCGCCUCGGCGCCGGUGCUGCUCUCCAUCCUGCUGGGGGCCAGCUUCAGCCGCUACCGAGUGGAGGAGAGCCUGGAGCAGCUGCUGGCCCCCAAGCACAGCCUGGCCCGCAUCGAGCGCAGCCUGGUCGACAGCCUCUUCCCGCUCAACCGCUCCAAGCACCGGCUCUACUCCGACCUCCAGACCCCCGGCAGGUACGGCAGGGUCCUGGUCACCUCCCUCCGCAAGGCCAACAUGCUCGACCAGCACCACACCGACCUGAUCCUCAAGUUGCACUCUGCUGUGACCAAGAUCCAAGUACAAAGACCAGGUUUCAAUUAUACAUUUGCUCAUAUCUGCAUCCUAAAUAAUGACAAGUCUUGCAUAGUGGAUGACAUUGUGCACAUACUGAAGGAACUGAAGGCUGCUCGCUUGUCUAACCAAACGAAUUUUGCUAUCACAUAUCCAAUCACACACUUGAAGGAUGGCAGGGAAGUGUACAAUGGACACCAGCUUGGCGGAGUCACCGUGCACAGCAAAGACCGGGUAAAGUCUGCCGAAGCCAUUCAGCUCACAUAUUACUUGCAGGCAAUCAACUCCCUGAAUGAUAUGGUGGCAGAAAAAUGGGAAUCCAACUUCUGUGACACUGUUGAACUUUUCCAGAAAUCCAACCAGAAUGUCACAAUGUAUCCUUUCACUUCAUCAUCUCUACAAGAAGACUUCCAAAAGACAAGUAGGGUAUCAGAACGCUACCUGACCACAAGCCUGGUCCUUGUGGUAACCUUGGCCAUGCUUUGUUGCUCCAUGCAAGACUGUGUCCGCAGCAAACCCUGGCUUGGCCUCCUUGGGAUGUUAACUGUGAGUUUGGCCACUCUCACUGCAGCUGGAAUCAUUAAUCUGACUGGUGGGAAAUACAAUUCUACUUUCCUUGGAAUUCCCUUCAUCGUAUUAGGUCAUGGAUUAUAUGGAACUUUUGAAAUGUUGUCCUCCUGGAGGAAAACUAGAGAAGACCAACAUGUGAAAGAGAGAACUGCAGCUGUGUUUGCAGACUCCAUGCUCUCCUUUUCUCUCACCACUGCCAUGUAUCUGGUCACUUUUGGAAUAGGUGCCAGCCCCUUCACUAACAUUGAAGCAGCCAGGAUCUUCUGUUGUAAUUCCUGUAUUGCAAUUUUCUUCAACUACCUCUAUGUGCUCUCCUUUUAUGGUUCCAGCCUCGUGUUUACUGGCUACAUAGAAAACAACUACCAGCAUAGUAUCUUCUGCAGAAAGGUACCAAAGCCAGAGGUCUUGCAAGAGAAGCCUGCCUGGUACAGGUUUCUUCUGACAGCCAAAUUUAGCGAGGACACAGCAGAGUCAGAGGAGGCAAACAGUUAUGAAAGUCACCUUUUGGUAUGUUUCCUCAAGCGUUAUUACUGCGACUGGAUAACGAACACUUACGUCAAGCCUUUUGUAGUUCUCUUUUACCUUAUUUAUAUUUCCUUUGCCUUAAUGGGCUACCUGCAGGUCAAUGAAGAGUCAGACCUUAGUAACAUUGUAGCAACUGCGACACGAACCAUGGAGUAUACUGCAGCUCAGCAGAAGUACUUCAGUAAUUAUAGCCCAGUCAUUGGGUUUUAUAUCUAUGAAUCAAUAGAAUACUGGAACAUAACCGUUCAAGAAGAUAUGCUAGAGUACACCAAGGGAUUUGUGAGGAUAUCUUGGUUUGAGAGCUAUUUAAAUUACCUUAGAAAACUCAACAUAUCAACUGGAUUACCCAAAAAGAAUUUCACAGAUAUGCUAAGGAACUCCUUCCUGAAAGCACCUCAAUUUGCCCACUUUUCAGAGGAUAUAAUUUUUUCCAAGAAAUACAACAAUGAAGUCAACAUUGUGGCCUCUAGAAUGUUCCUGGUGGCUAAGACAAUGGAAACCAAACGAGAAGAGCUUUACCAUCUCCUGGAAACCUUAAGAAAGCUCUCUCUCAAAUCAAAGGUUAAAUUCAUUGUUUUCAACCCAUCAUUUGUAUUCAUGGAUCGUUACGCCUCCUAUAUGGGGGCCCCUUUGCAAAACUCCUGCAUUAGUGCUUUAUUCCUGCUCUUCUUCUCUGCAUUUCUGGUGGCAGACUCUCUCAUCAAUGUAUGGCUCACGCUCACCGUUGCCUCAGUCGAGUUUGGAGUUAUAGGUUUUAUGACCUUGUGGAAAGUCGACUUAGACUGUAUUUCUGUAUUGUGCUUAAUUUAUGGGAUUAAUUAUACAGUUGACAACUGUGCACCUCUCUUGUCAACCUUUGUCCUAGGCAAAGAUUUCACAAGAACUAAAUGGGUAAAGAAUGCCCUAGAAGUGCACGGGGUAGCUAUUUUACAGAGCUACCUCUGCUACCUUGUUGGUCUGAUUCCUCUUGCAGCUGUGCCUUCAAAUCUGACCCGUACACUGUUCAGGUGCUUGUUUUUGAUAGCAUUAGUCACCUUCUUUCAUUGCUUUGCCAUUUUACCUGUGAUACUGACUUUUGUGCCACCAUCGAAGAAAAAGCGGAAAGAGAAGAAAACUCCCGAGAACCGGGAGGAAAUAGAGUGCGUUGAAAUGGUGGAUAUGGAUAGUACUCGAGUGGUUGACCAAAUUACAACAGUCUGACUAGUUGGUUUGUUUUCUUUUUUUAAAAAAAAAAACCCUAGAUAUUAUCAAGAGAAGAAAAUCAUAUUGAUUAUAACAAUUGGGUUUGGAUGUCUGUUUUCAAAUUAAAACCAGGAGCAUCCAAAACAGCCUGUGAAGGUGGGGUGGGGAUAACUGCACAUCGUUUGGCCUUCACAUAAAAAGUAUAGUGAAAUUUACAUUCACCCAAUACAAUGCAAGUGUCAAUUUGUGUUGCUACCUGAGAUGACAAUAGAAGUGGGUUAUUAAAUAGGAUACCCUGCAGAUGCUGCUGCCUUUACGGCAGUGUACCAACACACUGAAAGGUCAACUGUCAAGGCUGAAGGAGUAGUAAGUGUAUGUUUUCGACACAGAGGCUAUUAGAAAAUUUUCAGUUUAGCAAUAACUCAAGUCAUUGAGUCACCUAUUAUGGAUCUUAGCCAUCACAUCUAAUUUCCUUUUUUCUUGCCCUCCUCUUCGCAUUUUUUUUCCAAAUGGAAAUAUAUAUGCAAUUAUGUUGUAAAAACACACAAAAGAAAACAAGACCAAGAAAAGCUAAUUAAUACAAGGAUAAAUACAGCAAUCACUGUCAAGGCAGGAUAAUGUUGCCGUUGCCUUUUUUCUGAAUCUAUAUUUUAAAAUAUAACGAAUCCCCAAUAUAUUUUUAAUAUAACAUACUUUUGUAGCAUUUCUUUUUUUAAAAAAAUAUCUGAUAUUUGAUCAUAAGUUUAAGACACAUACAUGCACAUGAUUCUAGUUCUCUGAAACAGCUCCAAUCUUUGAAUGUGUUUAUCUCAUUUCAGAGAUCUGUUUUACCAAUGCUAUAUUUUGUAGCACUCUCUUCAAUAUGCUAGAGAUUUAGUGGCAGGUUAGAGAAGGAAACACUUCACUACGAGAAUCCAUGAAACAAGCCUCAGAUGCCUAAAUUUCAUCAAGAAAAUGUGAAUGUUGAGAUUCUUCAAAAUAAGAGCCAUUCACAAGUAGUACAUGCCACAAUUCUCAACCAGUAAUUUCCAUUUCUGUAAUCUCUACUAUAGACCAUGAGUCGUGGAAAUGAACCGAGCUGCUUUGGAAGAAGUGGCUUUUGAACUCUGAAAUACUUCCGUCUUCCCUAAGGUGAUAUUAAAAGCAGUUGUCCUAAAAAUAGUGGAACACAAUUUAUCCCUCUUCUUACAAAAGACAGAUGGAAACCAAUUUUAUGGACAGAUAAUUAAAAUCCUGGAAGUGAUCUAUUCCAGAAAAGUAUACAUCUGUAAAACUUUGAGAGCAGACUUAUUAUCUGCAACAUGACUAAUACAAUACAGUGGGUUCUUGGUAUCUUCAGAGGUUUGUUUCCAGGAUCCACCAUGGAUACUAAAAUCCAUGGAUGCUCAAGCCCCAUUAUAUAAAAUGACAAAGUAAAAUGGUGUCCCUUAAUUAAAUGGCAAAAUCAAGGUUUGAUUUUUGGAAUAUUUAAGUAAUAUUUUCUACCUAUGGAUGCAGAAUCUGUAGAUGCACAAUGCGUCAAUAUGGAGGGCCAACUGUAUUUCCUUACAAUACUCACACUUUGCAAUCCAUAAGAAAUUAUGAUAAACUUUAAUAAAAACGUUAGCAAUCAUUUCCUAUAAUGUUUUAACAGCACCACAAAAUUGUGCCUGAAAAUCAUUAGUCAGUCUUGAAGCUCUGCUUUGAUAGUGGAGUAUCUUUUGUUACUGUUCAUCUCUUGGGUAUCUGACUGUACAUAUGUACAAGUUACAAUGUUUUGUUUCAGUCAAAAGUAUUUAACAUCCUUGCCAGCAUGAGGGGUAUUCAAGCAGGAGACAUUUGGCUUUCUGACAUAUAUUUCUCCUUCCCAAAAUGGGAAUCUCACGCACACGCACACACGACAAUGUGCAGUAUCAGCUGGAAACUGUAAUGCAAGUUCUCUUUUAGAAAUCUCACUGAAUUUGGUAACAUUUUUGUUCUUCACAUAAUAUGUGGGAAAGAACUAAACCUAGUCAUGCUUUGCUGAAUACAAAUUCAGCAGGGGAGGGUGUAAUUUCUCCUUCCCAGUGUUUGCCCUGAAAUAUAAUUUAAAUGGGUAUUUAGGAUGAGAAGAAGUAAAAAUUUUAAAUGAUUCAAAUCAUUAUCAUAAUCAUCUACAAAUUUUGUUCUCCUUACCUGAGAUUAUGUUCUAUCAAAUCCUCUUGUCAAUAAACCUUGAUGUUGAUUUUUCAAAGCUUAAAAAACACUGUCACACGCGUAUGCCUACUCCUAAUCCAGAUGCUGACAGAUUUCCAAUUUGGCUCCCAAACAGACAGCAAGGAAUGCAAUAGAAAGAUAUGCAUAUUUAAACCGCAGUGAAAUUAACGGGGCUUUAAAAUACCACCUAUUUGCUGGAUUGUGUCCACUAAGUUUAAAUCUUACACAGUCUGUGGUUACACUGGAAAGUAUCACCCAUUUAGCCUAAGUGCUUAUAGCUUAAAGCAUUUAUAUUUACUACAGUUCAUUGGUCAGAACAGGAUUUUGAUUCCCCGCCCCCCCGGAAAACAAAAAAAAUAAACCUAAUUGAUUGUGUCUGGCAAGUUCACACUAAUCUUCCUAGAGAUAUUAUUGCCUAUUGUGGCUUUGAGCACAUUCAUUCUCACUUCAUUUACAAGUAGUCUAACUCUAGUGGAAGAUUACUUCUGAAAAUAAUCCAGAUUAAAUAAAGACAAAACUCAAAGAAAUGUGAAGAAAAUCUCCCUGGCAAAGAAAAAUGGAACAUUUCAAAAUGCCAAACGCCUUAUUAAGUAAGUCUAGACCUAUAGAAGCUUGCCAACAUCAAGAAUGGAUUGCUGUUGCAGUUAGUGUCAAAUUCUCGUUAUAUCCUCAAGAGUUUCCAUAUAGCAUUAAUGAUGCUGAAAUAAUGGCAAUUACGGUAGUCUUUUCAAAAAGCACACACACACACACAUACUCAAAAACCAUUCUGCCCGGCCCUCCCAGAGGGGAGGGAUUUCACAAAACCAGAAGUGGACUUCUAGUCCCUUUCAGUUUGAAAAGCUGGUUUAGCCCACAAGAGCUCUCAAGAUAAAAAUAGUUCCCCAAACUUGGAGAUUGCCCAUCCUUCAUCUAAAACAAUAAAAAACACAACACAAAACCUGCAGCAGCUUCUACAAAAUCAAAUAGUGUUCCAGGAAACCUCCUGGAAAUACUAGUGGCCUUAUAAGAUGUAACACAAGUUGUGUGCCUUGUUUCCAGCUCAGUUUCCAUGGGAAGAGUUGGAGGACGGACUACAGAAACAGAAGGAGACAAUAAAGAUGAUAGAGUGGCUGUAAUGACAAUGUGUUGGCAUAGUUUCUUCCAAGUUGCAUGCCAUUCACAAGUUCAGAAUUGCAAGUAAUGCAAUGAAUGUAAUGUAAUGAAUGCAAUGAAAUGAAAUACAUUCUUUGUAAUGUUCCAA